AUGAAGCUCCGACUUCUGAAUGAAGACGCCGAAGCGACGGAUUCGACUCCAGUGGUCGGCGUGGGCUGGCUGAACAACGAGACGGCACUUUACAUUGGAGAUGAUAAGCGGCUGAUGCAAUGGUCGACGGAGAACAGUCAAGGACAGGAGGUCGCCAAUUAUAACAGGUAAAAUACGGUACUGGGAGUUGGUUUCGAUUCGAAAAAUUUUGAAAAACAGCUAAUAUGGAAUUCAAAAAAACUGAUUUUUGACGUCAGCAUUGUGAAAAAAAAGUCAAGAUGCCAGCGGCAGUCUAAAAAAUCCUAUUAGCAUUUUCACAGAGUGCCUGGACAUCUAUCGCGGUCCGCACUAUGCUCAAAAGCCCCCAAUUUUUUGCACCGUGCAUUCACCUUUUUUUGUUGUUGCACUGUGCAUUUGAAAUAUCGCUGCGACAUAAGCUUUUUUCAUCUGCGCCGCCGCGAGAAUUUGCACUGUGCAAACGACCUUUUUUUCGUUUUGCACUGUGCGUUUGAAAUAUCGCUGCGACAUAAGCUUUUCUCAAGUGCGCCGCCGCGAGAAUUUGCACUGUGCAAACGGCCUUUUUUUCGUUUUGCACUGUGCGUUUGAAAUAUCGCUGCGACAUAUCUGUCUGUCGGAAAAAUAACGGCGGAUCGUCGCGCCUCGGAAUCGCCCAUCAUCGCUUUGCGACUUCAAGCAGCGGCUUGGGAUUUGGUGCGCGAUAGCGGCGAGGCGAGACAUUUUGCUGCGACGAUCCGCCGUUAUUUUCCCGACAGACUGAUAAGCUUUUUUCAUCUGCGCCGCCACGAGAAUUUUGCACUGUGCAUUGACCUUUUUUUGGUUUUGCACUGUGCGUUUGAAAUAUCGCUGCGACAUAAGCUUUUCUCAACUACGUCGCCGCGAGAAUUUGCACAGUGCAAACGGCCUUUUUUUUGGUUUGCACGGUGCGCAAAGUGAAAAUUCCACAGCGCGUUGGCGACAAAAUUUCGUGCGAGAGCGAAAAAAAUAUCCAGGCAUUUUGUGAAAAUGCUAAUAGAAUUUUCAUAAAGUGCGUAGAUUUUUGUCAUGUGCACAAAAAUAUACCAUUUGCACAGUGAAAAUAAAUAUUUCGAAAAGGAUGUGAAAAAGCAAAAUGCACGGUGCAAAAGUCUACGCACUUUAUGAAAAUACUAGGAGAACUACAGGGUCUAAAAUAUGAGGAAAGUGCCAACACUUGCAAAUUAUGCACUUUUUCUUAAAGACUAUAUCAAGAAACCCCAAAAAAUCCGACAUUUCCUGGUGAUUUUCAACCGAAAAAGUUCGAAAUUUCUCGAUCAUUUUCAACCGAAAAAACCUGGUUUUCGGGGUAGAGAUACCUCUACUUCAGAAAGAGAGUACAAACUGAGGUCGUAGCGACCUCAGUUUGUACUCUAAAAGCUUGUUAUUUCGUAGACAAAAACUUAUGUCUUUUAAAAAUACACAUUUUAAAUACGAAGUCUCUGCGCCGCCUCCGUCGGAAGUUACAGCCUUCCACUUUCCUUCACGUUUUUUGUAAGACCCUGUAGUUCGUCCAGAAAGUCGCUGGAAUUACUUCGGAGACAUGCACUGUGCGAAAGCGAAGGAUUACUUUGCACUGUCCAAUUUCUGGCUUUUUGCACCGUAUAAUCGACUUUUUUGGGCUGUCUCUCGGACCCUGGUUUUUUUCGCACAGUGAAAACACCAAAAAUCGAUCCAGCGACUUUCCGAACGGACUAGGAGGCGUGCCAUUUUUCAUGUUAAAAAUUGGGAAAAAAGUUCAUGUUUUUUUUCCAAAUUUCAACCAAAAAAUCUCGGUGGUUUCUGCAAAUUGCGAGCUAGGGGUUUUGCAUCUACACUACGUAUAAGAUAAUGAACUCUGUCUUUAUUGACAUUCAGCACCUCUUAUCCCAUCCAAAUGGACGUUCUGCAUCGGCAAGUCAACACCGGCGCCAAAGCCAACACCGCCGAGCUCAUUCUGAUCGCAACAUCGGAUGGAAAAGUUCAGCAUGUGAAUGGGAACACCUCCAAAAUUGACAAGAUAAUUGAUGCGCACGAAGGGGCCACGUUGUGCGUGAAAUGGAGCCACGAUGGAACCGGGUUUCUAUCGAGUACGUUAGCAUCGAAAAAUCUUUAUUUCGUACAAAAACAAUCGGACAAAAAGAUACCUAAGAAUCCGAAAAAACUUUUGGUUCACCCUAAUAAUAUUUUUUCAUGAUAUAUCUUCAUUUUACAGCCGGUGAGGACGGCGCUCUAAAGACCUGGAGCCGCAGCGGGAUGCUCCGCAGUGUCCUAACCCAAGUCGGACGCCCCAUUUACGCGGCGGAUUGGAACGGCGACGGCAGCCGAGUCGUGUACACACUCGGUGACAAUUGCGUGAUCAUGUCGCUGAAGAACCAAGCCCAGCCCACCAAAUGGAAGGCCCAUGAGGGCAUUGUGCUGUGUGUGGCGUGGUCCAAGGCCGUCGAUCUGAUUGUGAGCGGCGGCGAGGACAAUCGCUAUCGAGUGUUCGACUCGUUCGGCAGACCGUUGUACACCUCGAAUCCGCAUAACUACCCGAUCACGGCGUUGGCGUGGAAUUCGGAUGGGGAGUUGUUUGCGGUCGGAAGUUUCAAUGUGCUGAGAUUGUGCGAUCGCGCUGGAGUAAGUGUAGAAUAUUAUUUGGACACAUUUUUUUGAUAUUUUUGCGCAGUGCAGUUUUGUAGUUGAAAUUAGACUUAUACUUUUGCACAGCGCAGUUUUCUAGUUGAAAUUGGCCUAUGUUUUUUGCACAGUGCAAUUCCAUAGUGCAAAAAACCUAUAUUAUUUUUGUACAGUGAAAUUCAGCAAGCUAAAUAUGGCACUAUUACUGCACAGUGCAGUUUUCUAGUUGAAAAAAACCUAUAUUUUUGCAUAGUGCAGUUUUCUAACUGAAAUUAGCCUAUAUUUUUGCACUGUGCAGUUUUCUAUUUGAAAAAAGCCUAUAUUUUUGAACUGUGCAGUUUUCUAGUUGAAAUAAGCCUACGGUUUUGCACAGUGCAUUUUCUAGACUAAAUAAGCAUAAAUUUUCGAGUUUUGGGCAGUGCAAUUUCAUAGUUGAAAUUGGCCUAGAUCGCACUGUGCAAUUUUUCGGUAGAAAAAAGCCUAUAUUUUUGCACAGUGCAGUCUUCUAGUAGAAAAAAACCUAUAUGUUUGCAUAGUGCAAUCUUCCAGACAAAGUAAGCCUAAAUAUUUGCGCGCUGGAGUAAGUGUUUAAUAAAUUUUCGACACUUUUUUGGAUAGUUUUGCACAAUUCAAUUCAUUAGGCUUAAUAAGCCUAAAUUUUUGCACAGUGCAAUUUUUUAGUUGAAAAGAGCCUACAUUUUUGCACAGUGCAGUUCGCUAGGCUAAAAAAGCCUAUAUUUUUGCACAGUGCGAAAUUUUACUACCUCUCGCCUAAACGUACUUAGCAACUUCAAUUUUUUAUUUCAGUGGUCGCACUCCGUCGAACGUCGCCCAGUGGGCUCGAUUUAUCAGCUUUCCUGGUCGUUGGACGGCACUCAACUUGCCGCUGCAGGUGCCUCAGGGCAAAUUCUUGUCGGGACUGUGGUUGAUCGGUAUGAACUCGCUUUUAAGCUACCAAAAUUUAAACAAUUUUACUCAAGAUCAAACAAUUUUGCCCAAAAUCGCAUAAAAUUAAAAAAAAUCCAAUUUUUUCCUUUUCAGACGCCUUUGGUGGCACAAUUUGGAGGCGGUUCAAGUCGAGAAUCGUCGCAUCGACCUGCGCGAUGUCAUGUCGGAAGUGGCUAAGGAAAAAUUGGAGGUGAAAAAUCGCGUCACCCGACUGCAGCUGGGCUACGGACAGCUGGUCGUGUCGACCACGAAACAGUUGUACAUAUUCAGUGCCAAAAAUUGGAAUACCCCCAUAAUCAGCGAGCUAAAGGAUGGGAAUGUGACGUUGAUUCUGCUGUGUGAAAAGUCAGUAUUUUUGCUGAUUUUUUUAUUUUCCCAACAUACUUAUAGUCAUCAAAACACAAACUUUUUUAAAAAUUUUUACAUUUUUUCUAUGCAUGUAAAACUUCCAGAUUUUUCAUGCUCGUGGACGGCGGCCUUGCCCAAGUCCUCAACUACGAAGGGCGUCAGCAAUGCACGCUGCGGCAGAACAACGGCAUCAACAUGGCCGACCAUCUGACCGACCGGACCGCCGCCAUCUCCAACGAUGUGUGUGCGCUGAAGGACAAACAAAACCCCAACGUUUUGCAUCUGUAUGAGACCAAGACCGGGAAGACGGCCGGCGACGGACGCAUCGCGCAUUCGGUGGAGAUUGUGGAGGUGGCGCUGAAUCAGUGCGGGCCGCUGAGCGAGCGGCGAAUCGCGUUCGUGGACGUGAAUUCGGACUGUUUCUUGGGCAAAAUCAAUUCGUAUGGGGCGCUCAGGAGAUACGAAAAGUUGGGUGAGUGAAUUAUAAUAUAGCUAAUUUGGCCGCCAUCAGUCUGUCGGGGAAAUAAUGAGCACUUUGCUUCGCAUAGGCGCGAGAAAUCCACAUUUUUUCCCCGACUCGCAUAGCGCUGUCGUCGGCCUUCUGAUCCAUAGUGUAGAAAUUUGAAGCCUCUCCGGUAGUUUCAGCAUCAGAAAAAAGCGUUCAGGAUUGGUGUGAUUGUCAAAAAAACGGUCAAAAGUCUUUAUAACGGCGAGAGGCGCUGGGAGAAGGGGGGAGGUGGUCACCAAUCCAAAGUAAGAAGAGUAUAGGGUUUAUUGAGACGAGAUGAGUCACACAUACAAACAACCGAAAAUCCGGAGACAGAAUUAAAAGAUAUUGGGAUUUUCUGUUGUAUUUAUACUUCCUGGUUCAUUCAAAUUUCCUGAGAACUUGGGUGAGAACCCAACAUCUCCGCCGACGCGUAACAUAGUGUUUUCGGCGGAGACUUUUGACCGUUUUUUUUGUAAUCACACCAAUCUGAAAUGCUUUAUUAUGAUGCCGAAACUACCGGAGAGUCUUCAAAAUAUAUUAUCGAGCCUCGCCAAAUUCCUCCAUUUUCCAGACACCGCCAUCUCCAACAUCCACUUCAACAACCUCACCAACAUGUUGGCCGCGUUCCGCGACCGCCGCGUCAUCUGUUUCUCCCUCCCUUCCAUCGUGUUCACCGACCGAGAGCUGUUGUCGCGGACGUGUGUGACGGUGGAGAGCGAGGACAUGGGACGGUCGGCGUUUGUGGUCGGGUUCAUUGGGAACGGCGUUACGGUAAGACGCUCGGACGGGAGCCUCGUCAUCGCCUAUGUGCCGCCAUUUCUGAGUGGAAUUUACAAAUGCUUCGCGAAAAAUGAGUGGGACAAGGCGCUGCGAAUGUGCAGAACGGUGAAGGUGAGCGGGGAAAUAGCAAAAAAACUGUAAAUUUUUACAGAGGAAGUGCCCCAAGCGCGACGUUCAGAUUUUGAUGAAACUUGGCACAAAUUUAAAAUAGUUUUUUCUAAACCAUAUACGAGAAUUCUAGCUCACAUUUUUCAUAAACAACCGAAAUUUUUAAGUCGAAAGUUGGAAAAAAUGCGAAAAUUUUUUUCCGAAUUUUGCCAUGAAAAGUUUCAUGCCUAUUUCUACCAUAGAGGGUGAUGUUUCUACAAAAAAUCAAUUUUUUCCCCACAAAACUGGCAGAUACGGCCAAAAAUUGUGUUUUCUCAGACCGCUCUCCGCGUUUCUCGUACUCUCUCGGCCGCAAAGAUUGUUCAAUAUCUCGGUUGCGACUGCAAAUCGAGAGCUAAAAGUUUGAGGAAUUGAUAUGUGGGCUAUGCCAAAAACGUGUGCAGGAUUUCGAGAAAAUCUGAGCGUCCACAUGGGUACAGUGGAACCGAAAAUUCGGGACACCCGGAAUUUAGAAAAACCACCGUAACGUCCGUGUAUCGAAGCCAAAUGCGAUGAAACUUUGCAUAGUUGAUUCCUAAAGGCUGUGUAAUACUCGUGUAAAAUUUCAUGACAUUUGGAAAAGAACCCCCUGAGAUAUGACCAAAAGACGGGGAGGAAACAAAAGGGUUUCGUUGUAAAUACAAAAGCCUUACGAUUAGAAAUGAAUUUUUAAGAUCUUAAAAUUGGAAAUUAGUCGUUAUAGAGAGGUUUUAUUGUACGAAAAGUUGUUCUACAGGGCAACUUUUUUUAUUCUCUGCAGUGAAAAUUUAGAAAAAAUAUUCAAAUUUUUUUUAGGAAGACUACCUAUGGGCUACGCUGGCUGGCGCUGCGGCUAUGAAUCAGAAUUAUCGGAUCGCCGAGAUUGCCUAUAGCGAACUUUUGGAAGUGGAAAAAGUCUAUUAUUUGGGCGAGAUUAGCGCCGAAACCAAGAAGGAACGUCGAAACGCUGCGAUGGCACUCUUCAAUGGCAAUUUACGAGACGCCGAAGCGGCGCUAAUUCAAGCCGGAGAGUUUUUCAGAGCCAUCAUGUUGAAUUUGAGCAUGUUCAAGUUUGAAAGGUAAAAAAAUUCAAAAAAAUCGCAUUUUUAUUAAAAAAAAUUACAAGAAACCUUUUUUAGAGCUCUCGAACUCGCGGUGAAGCAUAACAUCCAUGUGGAUACGGUUCUCGGCUACAGAAAAAGGUAUUUGGAAGAGACUGGACGAAAAGAGAACGAUCAAAAGUUCCUGAAACACUAUGCCAAUUACGAAAUCGAUUGGCAACAUAUUCGAGAGCAGGUCAAGCAUGAUUUGGCCAAAAAUUAA